AUCGAGAAGUCCGUUGUGCUUAUGUUUUUAUUUGUUAUGAAAAUAUGUGAACGCAAAUAAUUUCAGUCAAUGACAGGGCGUGUUAAAAAUUUAUUAUACAGUCGUACACAUUUUUCGGAAGAAUCGGAACUAAAAUUAUUUGACGUUUUUAAAUUCUAGUUUUUUUAUUGUAUUUAAUUAUUGUUUUUAUUAGGGAGUUAUUAGUGCUACAUAAAUUAAGUGUGUUAUUGAUCACGAAUGUAACAGUUUAUAUGGUUCACCCUGUGAUACAUAUCGAGUUUGUUAUCGCAGAAUAUUGACGUUUGAUGAAUUUUAUUUGUUUACAAAUAUAUGUUCUAGAUUAGCCUCCAAAACACUAUAAAGUUCAAUAAGCUAAGUAUAUACUAAAAAAUAAACUUUUACCGGUAUAUAUAGUAAAACUUUGUAGUUCUGAAAAAUGGGCGAUUUUGAUUCUGAUGAAGAACAAUCUCAACUUGAGAAAUUGCGUUACGCUAAAAUACCGCGAGGUAUGUUUGUUAGUGGCUGGGAUGAUGAUGCGGAUAACCUAAUUGAGGAAGAUAAAAAUCCACAAUCCAGUAUAGAGCAAAUGAUUCUGUGGGCAGUAAAUGAAAAUAAAAUAAAUGAGGUCCGCAAUGUAUUGAAAUUGGAUAAAGAGAUCGUUUCUACAGUAGACGAUGACGGUUAUACUCCAUUACAUCGUGCGUGUUAUAAUAAUUUUAUUGACAUAGCCAAGCUGUUACUGGAAUACAAAGCUGAUCCUAAUGCGCGAACAAAUAUGGGUUGGACACCAUUACAUUCAGCCUGUAAGUGGAGUAAUGCAGAAUGUGCUGAACUGCUGCUGCAACAUGGAUCCGAUGUAAAUGCGAAAUCUGAUGGGGAUCAAACACCUUUACAUGUAACCGCAACUGUUUCUAACUGUCGCAAUACUUCUACUGUGUUGUUUAUGAAUGAAAAUAUAAAUUCAAGAGCUUUAAAUAAUUCUGAGGAAACUGCUGAAGACAUUGCACGGCGAACUGGUUUAACAUAUCCAAUAUUUGAGAUGGGUCACCCGGCUUAUGAAGUUGAAACUGGUAUAAUAGAUUAAAAAUUCGUUUUGACUAGCAGAAGUAAGCAUUAAAAUUUGUGUUUUUAUUAGUUUAUGGUAUAUAUAUAGUAUAUUAUAAUUUUUUAUUUGAAUGAGAUGAGAAACGAUCUUUUCGAAACAUUUUUUUAAUAUUAUAUGUAAAAAUUAUUAGCAUACGAAAAUACUAUUAAAUAAACGAUCAAUUAAGAGUUUUAA